AUGUGCGGUGAUAGAUCAGCAGUUAACGGCACCAACGGUACCAAUGGUACCGCCAACACCAUCCGCAAUCGCACACCUUACGAGUCUGUGGGCGAUUUCCUCUCCAACCUGCAAAACUUCAAAAUUCAAUCACGAGAGGACUGUGAGGCUAUCUGCAAGCUCGGCCUCAAGGCCAAGAUUCUGACACAUGUCCGCUGUACGAUGGAGGAUGCCAGAAUUGCCUGCGACACCGGUGUUGAUGGAGUUGAUCUUGUUAUCGGCACAUCGAGCUUUUUGAGAGAACACUCUCACGGAAAGGACAUGGUAGCAAUCGAGAAGGCUGCCAUUGAGGUUAUCAACUACGUCAAGAGCCGAGGAGUUGAGGUUCGCUUCUCAUCGGAGGACAGCUUCAGAUCCGACCUUGUCGAUCUCCUCCAAUUGUAUCGCGCCGUUGAUCGUAUUGGUGUCAACCGCGUCGGCGUGGCCGACACGGUCGGAUGUGCUACCCCCCGUCAAGUCUACGAUCUUGUCCGCACGCUUCGAGGCGUUGUUUCAUGUGACAUUGAAGUGCAUCUGCACAACGAUACGGGCUGCGCUAUCGCGAACAGUCAUGCUGCACUCGAAGCCGGCGCGACGCACAUUGACACCAGUGUGCUUGGCAUUGGCGAGAGAAACGGUAUCACAUCCCUCGGUGGACUUAUGGCUCGCAUGAUGGUUGGAAGUCGCGAAUAUGUGAUGAGCCGGUAUAAGCUCCAUAAGAUUAAGGAGAUCGAGGACAUGGUGGCGGACGCCGUCCAAAUUGCCGGAAUCCACGCCAAGGCCAUCCUGGCCAACCCCUCGACCUACGAAAUCCUUUCACCGGAAGACUACGGUCUUAGCAGAUAUGUCCAUUUCGCUAGCCGGUUGACUGGUUGGAACGCUAUCAAGAGCCGAGUCGAGCAACUUGGUCUAUCCAUGAGUGACGAACAAGUCAAGGAAGUCACUGCCAAGAUUAAGCAGAUGGCAGAUAUUCGCCCCCUCGCCAUUGACGAUACGGACUCCAUUAUCCGCUCAUACCACUUGGAGCUGCAACAGCAGUAA